AUGAAGUUCAUUGACAUUUUAUUCGUACUGAGCGCGGCGGCAACCGCUAAUGCAAUACUGGUUUCAGAUAACGGCAAUGGUUCAGUCCAGGCAUCAAGUACUUCUAGUCAAGUGUCUAGCCCAACCAAUGGGCUUGAUUCAAGUGCUCCCAAACGAGGUCGGAAACAAUCAAUGAAUCAACCCGGUCCAAGCACUUCCAGUCAAGAUCAGCAACAACCAGUGAGCCAAGGCGAGUCGAGUAAUACUGUUCCAAAUCAAGUGACUGGAUUAAGCAAAAAAAAACAGAAAGUCCUUAAUCGUAUGAAGAAAAAACUUGAGUUGCUUGAAAAAAUGGAAAGGAGCAUGACCCAAAACUAUUAUGAUUAUGUAUCUAUUGGAUUAAAAAAGAAGAGAAGGUUAAGACAAGGCAAAGAUGUAACAACUUUUAAACACAGCCUAGAAGUUGAAAAGCAAUUCAAAACAAGGACUGAAGAAUUAGGAGAUGAAGUAGACAAGAUCAAAGAAAAGCUAAAAAAGUUUAUGACAAAGCAUGGUUUGGAAUUUCAAGAGUCGAAUUUGGACUGA